GUUCACUACUCUUACAUCUGCCAUAAUCGGCUUCGUCACUUAGAUGCGCUUUAUUGAUGUAGUUCCUCUUUUUUUACAACACAUGUAGCAUACGAGCACCCACACUCACCGCUCCAGAAUGGAUUAUAAUUUAUUUUUAUUUAUAUUAGUUGUGAUUAGUUCCUGCUGUUGUGUUAAGUGCGAUAAUAUUAUAAAUGAUUUUCUAAGUGUACCCACCACUGUGAAGGCGCAAGAAAAUAACACCGUCUUGUUACCCUGUUAUUUAAAUACCGCAUCAAAUGACGGCAAUUUCAUUACUGCAAUAAGAUGGUAUAAAGAUGAAAAUUUAGUAGUCGACAGUGCAGAUGAACAAUUACCACUUCCCGAAGGCCACAUCUUAUGGGAAAACGGUUCUUUGGAAAUCUUUAGAGUAACUCCAAACGACACUGGAAUUUACAUUUGCGAAAUUGUUAGACCUGAACCUUGGUCACCCGUCCGACAAAGACACGCUAUCGAAGUCUUGCAUCCACCGUCGGUGGAACCUUUCCCUCCGACCGGUUUCCUCCAAGUGAAACUCGGAGAAGAAGUAAGAAUGUCAUGUAAAGGAAGUGGGGUUCCUUACCCCAUCAUCACCUGGUACACAAAAGGGGAAGAAAUAAAGCUUCUAAAUCCGCGAGAGUUGUUAAAAUUCACAGCGUCCGAUCGACAAAUGGCCGGAAUUUACGAAUGUCGUGCCGCCAAUGGAGUCGGUGAACCGGCCUCUGCCCAAAUCGAGCUCAAUAUAAUAUCGAACGUUUCAGACCCUCCAGAACUGAUGACUUCCCGCUCCUGGAUUCACACUGCUCCUGGUCAUAGAGUCCAACUAGAAUGCAAAAUUUCGGCUGAUCCUCAAGCUACAGUGACCUGGACUAAAGGCGACAUGCCGGUGCCUUUAGACAGCAGAGUGCUCUCGCUAGUAGAUGGUGAUAAAUACACUUUGCUCAUCAAAAACGUCCAAAAAAGCGAUUUCGGGAUUUACACCUGCAAAGCUAUCAACGAAUUGGGUCAAGGGGAACUCCAGAUACAGCUUUCAGGUGUGCCAAAUCCUGGAGUGUUCAAAAAAACAGAUGACAAAAACAUAAACUCAAAAGAUUCCUAUACUCUGAUCUGGGAAGUUGACAGUUACACACCAAUUAUAGAAUACAAUCUAUGGUUCCAACCCUACAAACCCAAAACUGGGUUAAGUAAACCCAACUGGACCAAAUUAACUAUACCGACAGAACACAGUUCAGGACCAGUUUAUUCAAAAUCGUACACUAUCAAAGGUUUGAAAGAAAAAACCGUGUAUGAGGCUUUACUGGUUUCAAGGAAUAGGUAUGGGUGGUCAAAACCGUCACCUAUUUUGAGAUUUGCUACAGCUGGCGCGGAUUUGAAAGAAGAGAUGAUUACUCCAGUGCAACACCAUACGGAAGAUAAUAUAAUUCCCCUAGAUUUGAGCAGUUCCUCGCAAAAUUGUAAAUUAGGGAAUGUUGGUUUUAUGGUUUUGGUAAUUGUGACAAUGUAUUAUCAUUUUCAUUGUUAAAAAUAAAAUUAUAAGAAAGAA